CUUACCUUUAAGUAUAUGCAAAGUUGCUUUUAAUUAUGAUAUUGCUGAACAAACAUUGUGUGAUGCCAUAGCUAGAGGUAGUGUACCAAAACGUCUAGAUUCUCCUAUGAUACUUACGGCUGAAGAAGAAAAUGAGUUAGUCGGGUAUUGUUUGAAUAUACAACAAAUUGGAUUUGGACUUACUAAGGAGGCAGUAAAUACUAUG